GCUCGCGCGCUCCGGCCGCGUUCGAGGCGCGAGCGACCGCGAUGCGCGUGCUGCCGGCGCCGCGGCCGCUCCCGCAAGCGCCGCGCUAACCUGCACCGAUGCAGUGGCGAAAACUAACCAGGUUGAAGUCUUCGCCGGGCGGACAGUCGCGCGCUCGGAGGAUGCUCUGCUGCGGCCGCAGGAAGGAAAAUGGCCGCGCGGCGCCGGACCUGACGGCGUCGCCGGGCCGCGCACCGCCCGGCCCGCCGCAGCCGGCGCGCGCCAACCACGCGCCGCCCUGCGUGCUGCAGCCAGACUUCCGGAAGGUAUCGGGUGUCAGCAAUGAAAUAUUCAGGCAAAUUGAAAUGGUGGAAAACGACCACGAUGCCACCACAGCCGCGGCGCUCGAGGCGGUGGAGCGACGCGGUGAGAUGAUAGUAAGAAUUCUGGAACUAAGACAAGUUGGCAGAAAUAACAUAGAAGCCGCCAAGAAGUUCUUUGCUUUACAGGACGCGCGCCACAUAGUACAACUAGUGGAAAUCGUCAAGCGCCCUGGUCAAACCUUGGGCCUGUAUAUCAGAGAAGGAGACGGUGGUGCGAGGACAGAUGGCGUGUUUAUAUCCCGGAUAGCUCUCGAAUCAGCGGUGUAUAACAGCGGCUGUUUGAAAGUUGGAGACGAGAUUUUGGCUGUGAACUUGGUGGAUGUCCGAAGAAUGUCAUUGGAUGACGUGGUUAUCAUUAUGUCGAUACCACGGCGGUUACUGCUUUGUACCAGGCAGAGAAAAGGCAAAUCAGGACCUGGAUCACCAUCAUUGCCGCGUACGGAACACAAGCCUCCACCAGUUGUUGUUUUGAAACGGGACUGUAGAGACGAUGACGAUCGAGAUCGAGAUCGGUUGGACGGGCUUUAUUCACAACACGGUACUCUUCGAUCAACGGGGGGUCCCGGUAGCACGGUUCGACCGGUCGGCGAUGGAAGGGAAGAGAGGAGUCGUAUGCAGCUCGGAGCUCUAUCACCGGACUCUACGCCACUUGACCUUUAUUAUAACUCCAGACCACCUUCAGACCAUUCAACUUGGAGCUAUAGACCGCCACCACCAGUCAUAACGGAGCAGCCAAAGUCACAAGCAACACAUUUUGUGCCAUACGAACGAUCGUAUCCCAAUACGUUAGAAAGUCUGGCGGAGAAAGUGCACUCUUUCUAUCCAUCCGACAGUCCAAGUAUGCGUUUUGGAGGAAGAGUACCGCGAUCUGGUUCAGAACAACAGUUGCCACGGGCUGAGACACAUUCAGAUUUUGGUAGACAUUCGUUAUUACGGUCAAGUUUGAAAGCCUCCACUGCAGGACCUGGUGCUUCAAGUUUAUCAAGAUAUGGGCAACGUUACGGCGGUGUAGGAAUGCCAGGAUCUGGACUACCUGGCAGUAGCCUCGGCGCAGCUGGCCUUGGAGGAACCGGGCUUGGACCUGGAUUGCCUUCAGGGUUAUCUACUACUGGACUGAGUGGCUUAACGGGCUCAAGCUUAGUGGGCUCAGGGUUAACGAGUUCUGGACUCGGUACUGGAUUAUCGGGAACCGGAUUGAGUUCAGCUCUAGGAGGAGGCUAUGGGACUACGGGAUUAGGACUUCCAUCAUAUAGUAGCAAGUUUGGAACAUCGAGGAGAAAUCGUAGCUUGGACUAUUCUUCAGAUACUGAGGCAACGGCACCCACAAGGACGCCUUAUUAUUCAGGAUUAAGUGGUUACAGAAGUAGCACGUUAGGAAGGGACAUUGGUUCGAAGUUUAACUCCUUACCAAGAGACGUAAGAGGAACGGGUCAAAGACUGGGAUUAUCCAGACGAGCGGGAAGUGUUCUUCAAGACGAACCAGAACCGUUGUCCUCGCGAUUAGACUUACGUUCUUCCAGAGUGUUCACGUCGGACGAGUACCGCGCGUGGCUCUCCCGCGCGCCCUCCACCAGCGCGCUGUACGAGACUCUAAGGCCCAGGCUCCCUACUCACUACUCUGCUGAGAACAUACAUGAUGCUCUCAAGAAUAUGGAGAGCGGCAGUCGCUUCGGCUCAUCCCUCGGCCUGGCCAGCCGUAGUCGCAUAGAGAGACCGCGUCACCUGCCUGCCAGGUCUCUGUCUUCACAACAGCUGGGGCCCACCGCCAGCGGCUCGCCGUCCGCUCGUCGCGUGAGACAGCUGCUGGAGCUGGGCUCCAAGUUCACUUGUCCCAGUCCUGUGCCGACCCCGGGCUCGCGACACCAACGUCAUCUGGACAUUAAUCCUAAUGAGUUCCUAAAAUACAAAGUGGAAAAGCCGGGCACGGGAGGUUUGUCGACAUCCAUGACUGGCUUGUCCCGUAUCUCAGGCGGAGUGUCGGGCAUGCUGUGGGUGCACCUUCUCGCUGGCCGAGGGUUGCGCCCCGCUCCUACGGGAUCCUCACCGGGCUCUCCACCUUCAGGACCACUUGCACCCCCGCAACCACCCGUGGCGCCGAGAGAUUUGUACUGCGUUCUGGAGUGCGACCGGGUUCAUAAAGCUCGAACUGUGGUCCGUACUGGUGAACUGCAGUUCGACUGGGACGAGUCCUUCGAACUGGAGCUCGUAGACAACCGGCAAUUGGAUGUACUGGUGUACUCGUGGGACCCGCAGCACAGGCAUAAACUCUGUUUCCGAGGGGCGGUGACUCUGCCAGAUUUACUGUCCCGCUCUGCAUCACACCAGCUUGCAAUAAAAAUGGAACCUCGAGGCACGCUCUAUAUGCGCGUCCGUCACACGGAGCCGCACGAGUUGUUCCGCCGAAGACCCGCGGCGCCUCGACUCGCACCACCACCCCUCUUCGGCGCAGAGCUAGAGACGGUGGUAGCGCGCGAGUUACGACCACCCCACGCUGCGCCUGUCCCCCUGGUUGUGAGACGAUGUGUUGAGGAGAUUGAGAGACGUGGAUUGGAUAUUAUUGGUCUCUAUCGAUUAUGUGGGUCUGCGAACAAGAAACGUAUACUACGAGAAGCAUUCGAACGCAACGCACGAGGAGUCGAGCUCACACCUGACUCGGUUCCUGACAUCAACGUCAUAACCGGCGUCCUAAAGGACUACUUGACUGAACUGCCACAGCCACUGUUCAGCCGCUGCUUGUAUCAAAUGACAUUGGAUGCUCUUGGAGUAUGCCUACCAGACGACAAAGAAGGCAACGCUCGUCUAAUGGCCUCAAUAGUGGAGUGUUUGCCGCGAGCUGCUAGAGCUACACUGGUCUUUCUACUCGACCAUUUAGCUCUUGUGGUGGCUGCGCAGGACCGCAACAAAAUGUCUCCACAACACCUAGCCGUGGCAAUGGCGCCACCACUAAUGCUGCAUUCCCAACCACCCACAGAACUUGAGUAUCAACGUCCAAUACAUGUCCUGCAGUGCCUCCUUCAGAUUUGGCCUCCGCCAAAACGUUCAGUUCGGCGCGGCGAGCCAGCAACCGGGCCGCGUGGAAACAGAGUCAGUGCGUCGCCAGUGGCCUCAGCCACCCUCCCCCAAGGCCGAGCUCCGCGCUCAGCCAGUCCAUAUCGGCAUCCAGCGGCAGCAUCAGCAGCAUCUCCGCCGCCAGCUCUCUCGGCUCGGCACGCGGCCGACCGCUCGCCGCCCGCACAUGUUCUCUCAUCAGUCAGGGCAGGCCAAUAUCGUCCGCAGUCGCCUCUGCGCGGCCCACUGCCCGCGCCGCCUCGCUCCCGGCAGGUGACGGUGUCAUCCCCCGGCUCGCCCAGUAGCAGCUCGGGUAGCCACAGCCCCGCCGACACCAUCAAGCACGGCGGCUCCGUGUCGUCCAUCCUGCGCCAGCCCGAGCGCGCGAGCUCGCCGCGCAUGUCGCCGCGCCAGUCGCCGCGCGCUUCCCCUCGCGACUCGCCUCGCAGCACGCCGCGGGAGACCACGCCGCGGGAGUCCACGCCGCGGGAGGGAGGCUCGCGUGAGUCGCCGCGUUCCGCGAUCCCCGGCACGUCCGCGGGCUUGGCCGUGACGCUCAACUCGAGCGGCAGCGGCGCGCUGAGCCCGCGCUACAGCUCCACCAACCCGUUCCUGCAACAUUACGACGAGGAGGAGGAGGCCGAGGCGUGGCGCGCCGCCGACAUAUUCUCCUCGUCCACGCACACAUAGGCGUGUCGCUCGCAGGACCGACAUUCGGGACGGCCUGCUCUUGGUAUUCUUAAGAAUCGAUGUAACCGCGCUCACUGAUAGAGUCGCGACGGCGCGGCGUCGAGGCGGAAACUUGCAGUCUGCAGUUCUUCACACGAUAUUAUGUUGAAUCAGUGAAACGAAGUAUAGAGUAGAGACCCGGCCGAGAGCGUCUCUGCUGCCUCGACUCCGCCUCGUCUUGCAGCGAGCGAUACGCCACAGUGCUCAUAGCGAAUUGAGAUUUUCUAGUCAAUUUUUUUAUCGAAUCGAAAGAGUGCUACGAUUCUGCUGUAUAUUAUGUUGUUUACCGAGCGUGGUGCGCGUUCGUGAAAUGUUUGUUAUAUAUAGAGCGAGUUACGAUGUAUAUUAUUGUGAGAAUGUUUACCUUCUGGCGCGCAGGCGGAGGCCCGCCGGCGCCGGCGCCCCGCCCCGUAGACGCUAUAGUGUUUAUCGUAUUGUAUUGUACAUUGUAUAUAAUUAAAUACGUAUAUGUUGGUACUUUCCAAUUUUGUACCGUUCGGGCGGGGCCUCGGCGGACGGCCCGAGCGCUACACACAUCAUCCCACAUAUCAGAGGCUCGCGUACACCGUCCACACUAUCCGGCUUACUUGUACCAUUUCAUGCAGAUCAUUGACUCAUCCUCGUCAGAAGUGUACAGUAGUCCUAAGGAGUACGACGCCGGGCGAGUGUCGCCGGCGCACGCGAGCCAGUAGCUCGAGUAGGGAGAGUGUAUCAUACGAGUAGAUCAGACGUGCGGAAUGUCUUGAGACUGAGACCAUAUCAAAGUAGCUCGUACAGGACCACUCGAUGGACAUCCGUCGUAGAACGAGCGAUUACGUGACGAGAUGGAAAGGUCUAGUAAUUGUAAACUGUUAUGAAAGUUUCAAAUAUUCCAAAUAUUCCUUGUUCAUUAAUAACUUAAUAAAUAUAAUAAUAUGUAUAACGGUAAAUUAAACUAAUAUAGAUUUUAGCAAAGCAUUUUUACGAGUCGCUAAUUCUAUGAAGGAAUGGAUUUAUUUAUCCUAAGACAUCGGUCGCAAUCUCAAGAUCGGAGGUGUUAUUUGCGAAUUUUAAAUUAAAUUUUGUUACAUUGUAAUAUAAUAAUAUGAUUCGUUAUAAUAUCAAUCUUGAAAAGUUAGACGGAUAGGUAUAGUUUUUAAAAUAUUUCAACUAGGGAACUUAAAUAAUAUGUACCUAAUUGUAGGGACAAACAGAUACAAUAAUAAAAAAUUACCAGGCGAAAUCAAAACCUAGUAUGAUAUCACUGGCGGUUCGAUUGCGGUAGAAUGACAGCUACAAUUUCACGAUCGUAUCAUAUCUCAUUGGUUGAUUUUCGCUUACUAAUGUAUUGUUGCAACAAGAAUACCAUAAAUUCAACCUAUCACAACGAUUGCGAUUCUAAUGAUGAUUGAUGCAGAUUUCUCGCAAUCGAGCAGAUGACAUAAAACUAUGCUAAUGAUUAUAAUAUUUACUAAUGUUAUUUGAUCAAUUCUUAUCACAUCCUUGAAAUUCGCAAAUAAUGCCUAAGUUCUUAUAACUAGCGUCUGCUAGACAUAUAAGAGUGGUAGAAAUCGACCAAUGACAGCACUGAUUCAAAUGUUCACUGCCAUGAUUGGUCCAUUUUAUAUAGAGAGUACCUAUUAAAUUAAUUACACUUAUUUAUAUGUCUGUCGGAGGCUGUUCGGUUACAGAUAGCUUUUGAGCAACACUUCAAGAGAAGUUUUGUUAUUACUGUUUAUUAUAAAAUAGCAUUGCACAAAGACACGACUGAUAAGGGACACAACGUUUUUGAUACUUUACCGUUUUACCUGUUUCUCGUUUGUGAUAAUACUAGGACUUGUGUUGGAACCUCGCCUUUUAUAUACCUACUUAAUACUGAAUGUUCGCUCAUGAAUUCUUAUUCUACUAUCACUCAUUUACAAGGGGGCACGGCUGAAAGGCCUCUUGUGGUUAUACGUUAAACUAAUCUUAAACUAAAAUAUUUCGAGAUAAUAAUAAAAAAGUUGGACUUUAUUGUAUUGACAUGUUAAUGUGCUUAUAAUGUAUGAAAUUAAUUAAACUAAAUAUAUGAAAGAAAUGAAUUUAUUCGUAGUUAAUUAGAUGGUUGCGAUGUAUGCGACUGCAGUAGAGCGUGGUAGAGAAUUCAUGCACGGAUAUUUCUUAACUAUUCCGAAGGUUGAAAAUCGAUGACAAUAUGAUUUUAUAAAUGAAUUUAUAAAAAUCUAAUACAUUUUUAAUGGGAGAACGAUAUUGCCUUCACGUUUGUAUAGAGCCAUGCGAAUAAAAUUGAAUAAGUAUUAGGUACCCUAUUCAAAUGCUAACAAUCCCAUGGCUUGACAGUCGAAACUUUACGCUAAAUUCACUCACAACGAAAUAAUGUUGGUGAUAGAGAUGGGCAUUACUGCUACUUUAAAUCAUUCUUUUUUGGUGAAAUUAUUAAUUUUGCUCCAGACAUGCAUUUUUUCACGGAAAGUGCUUUUCAAUUUUCACACUUACAAUAGUUUGCUACAUUAAUGUAAGAAUAAUGAUUAUGAACUGAUAUUUCACAGACUGGUUUAUCACGGAAAGUGAAUUAUCACACUUGUGGUUGUAAUCGUAAAAAUUCGUUUUCCGUGAAACGUAGCAAAUGAUUGCAAUGUGUGUUACAUUAAAUUGACUAGAUAGUUUUCCCUCUCUCACAUGCGGCGAUGUGAGUGUGCUCAAUCGCGUGCUCUUUAGCAUCUUAGCUUAUGUCGAUGACCGUGCGAGCGUGAUAUAUUUUUUUAUUUGAACAAUAAAGCGGGGUCAAAUAGGUACAACAAUUUUCUAAGUUGUGAGGUUUCGCUUUGUGAUUUUUCACUGGCUACUUUAAGUAACGUAGCAAGAAGUGUUACUUAAUGUGAAAGCUUUAGAACGGUUUUUCGCAUGCUACCUAUGAAAUGUCUCCAGUUGGUAACAUAAAGGUGUUGUGAAUGAAGUUAGCAAGUGAAGUAAAUCAGCGACUGACAGCAUUUGAAGAGGGUCAUAGGAAUUAUUAUGAAAUCAUUCAUCUUCAGCAUUGUACACUUGAUACAUUUUAUUAAAGUAAGACAUCUAGUACCAUCGAGCCUAAAUUAUUGGCAUAAAUAGUAAUUUUAUUCGUGUGGUCAGAAUGAAUAUAUCGGGUCGUAUUAUUGGAAAGUUUGGAAGUUUGAACUAUAUGAAUAUAUUGCGCUGCCAUAGAGUUUGUAACGAUUAUUACGCUCUUAACAAAAUCAUUGUAAUAUCUACAUCUCUUCGGAGGAAUCUUGAAGUUUUUAUGACAUUUGUACAUCGCUUUUACAUAAAAUCAAAUUAGAAUUUAAUAUGGAAACCUAUUAAAUAGGUACUUUACAAUUUGCGGUUAUGUAGAGUGGCGCAAAAGAUACAGUCAAUAUAAAUAAUAAUGCUCUUAUAGCUGACAUAGAUACAUUAUUCUCAAAAGCUUUUCUAUGGAUUAUGUAUAACUCAAUACUUUGUUUGCCUUUUAGGAUUUCCAUAAAAUAUACCUUGUUGAAGUCUAAUUUAAUAAAGAAAGUUUCAAUUAUUUAAUAUCAAUUUCAUGUCUACCUACUAUUUGUACAAUAGUUACAAGCUGGCCCGCCCCGGUUUCUGUCUGGGGAUUUAGUUAAUAAAGAGAACUUAGAAUCUCAAACUCCCACGUUGAUAUUAUGUCAGUCAUUCAGUUUAUCGUUUUAAAAUAUCAAGUAGAGAUCAGUUUGACUAAUAUCUCCUUGCGCCACUUUUGAUAAUGUUAAAGUUAAAAGUUAGCAAUUUUAUAAUUAACAUAUUAAUGGUUAUUGAUAAUGAUAUUUACUGUAAUAUUACGAUAAUUCAAUAGUACGAUCCGUACAUACAGUAUAGGUGUAAAUAUGACUUGAAGUGUCGCUCGACAGUGCGUAGCCGCCGCAAUCGCGGCAGUAGUGGCCAGAGAACUGGCGGAGAAUUUUCAGGGCGUGCGUAUAUAAGCUAAGAGUUCUUAAUAUAGUCCCUCUAUCUUUCCUGAGUAGGAUAACAAAGAAAAACAACCAAUCGGUCUGAGUUAGAUUCGUGAGUUAUGAAUGCGUAUUUUACAAAUCAAAGAAUGAUGUAAUUACAUGAAUCCAAGUUCAUUUGCGAUAGUGUUAAUUUUAUUUUUUCCUGUAAAAAGUGUAUCUGUAAGUGCUGGGAAAUACAUAAGUGGAAUUAUUAUUGAAAAUGUAUAAUACAACAGAAUCGUGUCGAGAAAUAACAAGCAGCAGGCAUUCAUAUUGUUGUUUCAGAAAAUAAAAUAUUACUCAAUAAAAAUUCAAAAAUUCAUACCAACUGUUUCAUAAAAUAUAUUAUAUCUAUUACGUUUCUAGAAUAACAGUCAUAUUUACCAAUUGUCGGUAUUUCUCAGUUUAAUCUGCUUUGCUAACAGGUGUUUUCUUA